UAAUCCUGAUAAAGGACCAAAAGAACAAAUUUUCAUUGCUUACCCGAUAUGAUCAUGUUCCGUAAAGUUGAUACAGAUACUGAUUUCUUAGUCUUAGCACGUGAUGGAAUCUGGGAUCGCAUGUCAUUUGAAGAUGUCAUCAAUUUCAUCAAUAAGGAUAUUAAAAUAGAUAAAGCUCUGAGUAAAGCUUGUGAAAUUAACUAUCUAUAAAUUUCUUUAGAACAUACUAAAAAUUUCGAGUAAUCUAUUGAAUAUUAGAUGAUAAAAUUUUAGUAUUUACCAUAAAUGACGUUUUAUUUCACUAGUUUAGCACUAAGAAUUACAUCAACCAAAAAUUUCUCUAAAAUGUAUC